UCUGCCCCGAGAUAGACUGGAGAGAAUGGCUGCCAGUGGAGAGGUAGGGAAGCUGUUACAAGUACAAAAUGGGACACCUCCAAGCACCAACUACAACGGGGUAGAUGCUGUACAUGCCUGUAACAUCCUUCAGCAGCUCAAAGCCUUGUAUGAUGAAGCACAGCUCACAGACAUUGUCGUAGAAGUGGACCAUGGCAAGACCUUUUCGUGUCACCGAAAUGUCCUUGCAGCAAUCAGCCCGUAUUUUAGGUCCAUGUUCACCAGUGGCCUUACAGAGAGCAGCCAGCGCGAGGUCAGAAUUGUUGGGGUGGAAUCUGAAUCCAUGCACCUCGUCCUAGACUAUGCCUACACAUCCAGGGUCACGCUCUCGGAGUCCAAUGUCCAGGCCCUGUUCACUGCAGCCAGCAUUUUUCAGAUUCCUGCCCUGCAGGACCAGUGUGCCCAGUUCAUGAUCAGCAGACUUGACCCCCAGAACUGUAUUGGGGUCUUCAUGUUUGCUGAUGCUUAUGGACAUCAGGAGCUGAGGGAACGCUCACAGGAUUAUAUCCGCAAGAAGUUCUUGUGUGUGUCGUGGGAGCAAGAGUUCCUCCAGAUGACCAAGGAGCAGUUGGUCAGCAUUUUGAACAAUGAUGACCUCAACGUGGAGAAAGAGGAGCACGUCUAUGAGAGCAUUGUGCGCUGGCUGGAGCAUGAUCUUUCUGGCCGUGAGGCGCACCUACCUGAGGUUUUUUCCCAAUGCAUCCGUCUGCCCUUGCUGGAUGAGGCCUUCCUCAGUCGGAUACCUGCCCCCUUUGCUUGUGCCCUCUCCCUGUCUAAAGACCCUGCUGAGGCCAAAGCCCGGCUCACUGGCACCAAUGGUUGCCCACAGCGCCUGGGUAUGACUGCCUCUGAGAUGGUCAUCUGCUUUGACGCCGCUCACAAACACUCAGGGAAGAAGCAGACGGUGCCUUGCCUGGACACAGCCACAGGAAGGGUGUUCAAGCUUUGCAAACCACCGAAUGAUCUCCGGGAGGUCGGUAUCUUGGUGUCCUCCGAGAAUGACAUCUACAUUGCUGGAGGUUACAGGCCGAGCAACAGUGAAGUGUCCAUAGACCAUCGGGCAGAGAGCGACUUCUGGCAGUACGAACACGCAGGCAACAGGUGGCUUCCGCGUGCACCUCUGCUGAGAGCGAGGAUAGGCUGCAGGCUUGUGCACUGCUGUGGGAAGCUUUAUGCACUUGGAGGCCGAGUUUACGAAGGUGACGGGCGAAAUGCAUUGAAGUCGGUAGAGUGCUAUGAUGCCAGGGACAACUGUUGGACAGCAGUUAGUCCUAUGCCUGUUGCCAUGGAGUUUCACAGUGCUGUGGAGUACAGGGACCGUAUCUAUGUCCUCCAAGGUGAAUAUUUCUUCUGCUUUGAUCCCCGUAAGGACUACUGGAGUCAUCUUGCCCCGAUGAGUGUCCCUCGGAGUCAGGGUCUGGCUGCCUUGCAUAAAAACUGCAUCUACUACAUUGCCGGCAUCUGCAGGAACCACCAGCGCACCUUCACUGUGGAGGUCUACGACAUUGAGAAGAACACAUGGAGCCGCAAGAGAGAUCUGCCGUUUGACCAAGCCACAAGCCCGUAUAUAAAGGCCAUGCUGCUGCAAGGCAGGCUACACCUGUUCGUACGAGCCACACAGGUCAUGGUGGAGGAGCACGUGUUUCGCACCAGCCGUAAGAACUCCCUUUACCAGUACGACGACGAGGCAGACCUAUGGACCAAAGUCUACGAGACACCUGACCGCCUCUGGGAUUUGGGUCGCCAUUUUGAAUGUGUGGUGGCCAAACUUUACCCACAAUGUCUCCAGAAAGUGCUUUGAGGUAGCUGGUUUUUGUAAACCCAAUCUAUGAGGCAGAGGGAGUAGUGUGGUCCUGCCUGCCUUGUGCCUGGUGUUACCUUGGGUUUGCACCACAAGGACCAUUUUUGGUUAAGUCUUAAGUCGUUCAAACUUUGGUUUAACAUGAUCAAAAUGGGGGUGCUUUUAAAGAUUGCAGUAUUUUUUUUCCAGACAGCACCAACUACCCACACUGAUGCUUGUUUAACAAAACAGUACAAUGAAUCAUAAGUGCAAUUAUCCUAUUUUUUGCUUGUUGUUGAGACAUGUUGUUCUAUUUUUGUUUUAGAUACAUAUAAGUAAGGAUUUUUACAAAUGGUAAGCAUGCGAAUGGGGGGUUGUAAGCAAGAUAAAAGUGCCCUCUGGAGAUGUGGAUGCUACGUGUCAGCGUUAAGUGAAAAUCUAUAUAUAUAUAUAUCUAUAUAUAAAUAACUAUAUAAACUAUAUUCAUACGGGUAAGAUGAGUACCAUAGCUCAUUAGUAGGUUGCUGGCUCUGAGGUUUGUGUGUGUGUGUGUGUGUGUGU